UGUUCAGACUCUCCAUCCCUUUCAAGACUACCACGCCUUCAAUCGCUUGACACACUUCCCACCGUUGCGGAUCCGCGACCUGACCCGCGACCGAAACUUCUGAUUGCUUACGCUCAUGGAGUUGUACAGUUGAUGAGAAACGAGAAUGACAUGUCUCCGAUCGUAGCUCGAUUCCCCCAGCUCACGGUAACUUGUGCGAGAUGGUGUCCAAAUGGGAACUUCUUCGCCGUAACAGGUCAACAACUGGACAUGCCGGCUCAAGAAAAUUGUGUGGUACAUAUAGUAACUGCGUUUGGAGUGAAGUUAACUUCACUGCAAAUGCACUGUUCCUCUUUGAGCGGCUGCUCAUGGGAUCCCACGGGUGUCAAACUGGCACUGUCUUCGGAAAAUCUGUUGUGGUUUGCAAAUGUUCGUCCGAGAUACAAAUGGGGUUACUGUGGUCAUACGGUUGUGUAUUCCUAUGAGAAAGCGGAACGAGGCGACUAUCGAGUGGUCUUCUACGAAUCAAAAUUGGAUGAGUCUUACUCGAAACCAGUUCGGCAAUUAGAACAACUUGCAUGUGGAAGCGACUAUUGCGUUAUAGCUAAUCGGCAAGAAGAUUCACUUGGAAAGGUAUCAUAUUUAAUUGUAAACAAUCACGUGAAUGGUUGA